CAACCCCUAUAUUUAUUGUCAUGCAUAUGCUUCCUCUUUCCUCAUUCUUGCCCUGCUCCACUUUUCCCUGAAGAAAAGAAAAAGGGGUCUCUCUUUUGUCUCUCACGCAUAUAAUCAAACAGUACUGGUGCCACAGAAGGAUAAGGUUCUGUUUUUUUUUUUAAGGGCGAUUCAAGGAAAUGGGGAUCUUCUCACUGAUCACAGGGAGGGCAGGCCCAAGUGGGUUCGGAUCAGCUUCGACGGCUGAACAGGUUACAGCAGGGAUUGAUGCAAGUAACCUCACUGCCAUUGUCACCGGAGGGGCAAGUGGAAUUGGGUUGGAGACAGCAAGGGUGUUGGCUCUUCGGAAAGCUCAUGUCAUCAUUGCUGCGAGGAACAUGGAGUCUGCAAAUGCGGCAAAACACCAUAUUCUUAAUGGCAACGAAACUGCUCGCGUGGACCUUCUAAAGCUCGACCUAUCCUCCAUGAAGUCCAUCAAAGCAUUUGUUGACAGCUUUAAUGCUCUCGACGUGCCCCUUAACAUCUUGAUAAACAACGCCGGUGUCAUGUUCUGCCCUUUCCAGCUUUCAGGGGAUGGAAUAGAGAUGCAAUUUGCAACAAAUCAUCUAGGUCAUUUUCUCUUGACAAAUCUUCUUCUUGAGAAAAUGAAGAACACAGCGAGAGCAACUGGUGUUGAGGGCAGGAUUGUCAACUUGUCAUCCAUAGCCCACUCCUACACCUACGAACAUGGAAUUCGAUUUGACAAGAUCAGCGAAAGAACUGGUUAUUCCGACAAAAGGGCAUAUGGGCAAUCCAAAUUAGCAAACAUAUUACAUGCUAAUGAGCUGUCUCGUCGUUUGCAGGAAGAAGGUGUAAACAUUACAGUUAAUUCAGUCCACCCAGGAUUGAUAAUGACUCCUCUCAUGAGAUAUUCUGCCGUUUUGAUGAGGAUGCUGCACGUGGUCACCUUUUACAUAUGGAAGAACGUACCUCAGGGAGCAGCCACGACCUGCUAUGUUUCACUCCACCCAAGUCUGAAAGGUGUGAGUGGAAAGUACUACGUGGACUGCAAUGAGACGCGACCAAGUGAGUUUGCCAGAGAUUCAGCGUUGGCUAAAAUGCUGUGGGACUUCAGCAACAAGUUGGUUCAUUCAGUUUCAAAACCUUAAACAAUGGCUGCUUGAUUUGUGCCUGAAGCUCUCUUAUCGAUUGAUCGUUGCUUUGAUGUUUUGUGAAGAACUUGCACUUUCUUCCUAAGAAUUAUGCUAUUUUAUUUAAUGAAUUUGGACUUUCCCUUUCUCUCUUGCCA